AUGCCUCCGCAUCUGCAUCCCCGGUCGCGCAUGACCUCUUCGCUGUUCGCGUCGACCGUGGUGGCAUGCUUCAUGGUCGUGGCGCUCCCCCACGUCCUGCCCUGCCCGGCCCCGAAGACGACCAAGUUCGCCGACGGGUCCGUCGACGUGGACAGCAGGCGACGGAUCCGUCGGCAGCAGCAGCAGCAGCAGCUCGAAGCCAAGAGGAGCGCGGGCUUCGUCAACUUCUCCAUGGACGCGGGCGAGGACGGCAGCCAGAUCGCCCGUGCCUCCAGGCGCGGAUGCCCGGUGCCUAAACCCGGUGGUAUCCUGGGUGAGUGGCUGGGCUUCCACAGCGACGACGGAGACGACAAGAGCCUUGUCAGGAGGAUGGGGAGGUGA